UUUCUCUAAAUCUAAAAUCUACAAAGGUCAAAGAGGUUUAGAAAGUUGAUUAAAAGAAGGAAUAAGAACCAAGGCAGAUAAAAGGGCUUGUCCUAAUCCCCCCAUUUUAAACACUAAUCUUCAUCGAUUACUUUUAAUCCCAAUUUCCCAAAUCAAAUUAAUUAAAGAAAACAAGUUUUUUUUUUUAAUUGAAACGGAGCAAAAGCAGCCUUGAUUGCCGUCACGCCCAUGCCCCAAAAGACACUUGUUUUUUGGGCUCUCGUUUGUCAUGAUUCCCUCUGGGAAAUUUAAACAAACACCUUAGCUUCAAGUUUCCCAAAUUUGUUAUUCCCAAUUUCCCCCAAUUUCCUAUUUUUACCGAUCGAGCUAGGUUUUUGUUCCUAAGGGAAACAGACGACGAUGACGGUGAGGUUGUGAUUCCGAGAAACGGAAUUGGAGGCAAAUCCGACAGAAUGCGGUUGUUUCCGUCGAGUUCGAGCUCCGGCAACGGCGGAAAAGUCGAUCGAGCACUGUUGUACCUCAACAUCUACGAUCUCACGCCUGUAAAUAACUACCUUUACUGGUUUGGCCUCGGGAUCUACCAUUCAGGCAUCGAAGCACAUGGAAUGGAAUAUGGCUUUGGAGCCCAUGAGUACCCUUCUAGUGGGGUGUUUGAGGUGGAACCCAGAAGUUGCCCUGGAUUUAUCUUCAGACGAUCAGUGUUGUUGGGCAGCAUUGAUCUGUCUCCUGGAGAAUUUCGAUCAUUUAUGGAACACAUUUCCGGAAAAUAUCACGGUGACACUUAUCAUUUGAUUGCCAAGAAUUGCAACCAUUUUACUAACGAAGUUUGCAUGCGGCUUACUGGGAAGGCUAUCCCUGGAUGGGUCAAUCGCCUAGCCCGAGUGGGUUCUUUUUGCAAUUGUCUUCUGCCAGAAAGUAUUCAGAUUAAUGCAGUGAGACAUCUUCCUGAUCAUGCAACUUAUUCUGAUGACGAUAAAGAUGAGUCAGCAUCUCUUGCAUCUUCAGGCACAGCCGAGAGCGAUGAGCAGCCAGAUCAUCAUCUGCUUACUACACCAAAUGGUGAUGUAGCAUUUCUAAUGGAAAAGCCAGUGAGGCUAGCGAGGGAACUCCUUUGAUUUCUUCUCUAACUCUUUAUCUAGCCCGUUUUGUUUCUCCCUGUUGUUUAUACUUUAUUUAUGUGAUCCAAGCGU